UGAGAAAAAGGAAAAAGCCCAUAUCAGAAAUAAAAAGACCUAAAGAAGAAACGGAUAAGUCUGACGCCCUCGCUCUCCCCCUCCAAGUGCACCAUCCCUACAUGUUUUUUGAGGCGACGUAGCACAAUUACAGAUGUUGAUGAUGAAUUCCAGCAGCUGCUUCUAUGGCCGCCCUUGCUUGCUAUUCCCUCACGCAAAUCAAUGCAAGCUCACUCACUUAUGCCCUGCUGCUGCUUUUCUCAACUCAAAAACUGCUCGCCCUCUAAUUUCAACCGGGAAGAGCAGAUUAACAAGGCGGAACAGCUUUCGUAUUCGUGCUUUAGAUAGUUCCGAUGUCUUGCAAACUACGAGCGAGUCGCCGCAGCGAUACUCGGUUCGAAUUCCGGUUGGUGAUCGUCAUAUAUUGGUCGAGACUGGUCAUAUGGGAAGACAGGCUAGUGCAGCUGUCACGGUCACUGAUGGAGAAACUAUUGUUUACACUACUGUGUGCAUGGCUGAUGUUCCAAGUGAACCUUCUGACUUCUUUCCUCUUUCGGUGCAUUAUCAAGAGCGUUUUUCGGCAGCCGGGAAAACUAGUGGAGGAUUUUUCAAGCGCGAAGGAAGGGCAAAAGAUCAUGAGGUGCUUAUUUGUAGAUUGAUUGAUAGACCAUUGCGUCCAACCAUGCUUAAGGGCUUCUAUCACGAAACUCAAAUACUAUCUUGGGUGUUCAGCUAUGAUGGGUUACAUUCCCCAGAUUCUUUGGCAGUUACAGCAGCUGGGAUUGCAGUUGCUCUAUCAGAAUUGCCAAGUUCAGAUGUUGUUGCUGGAGUACGAAUCGGUUUGAUUGGAGAUAAGUUUAUUGUCAAUCCAACAACCAAGGAGAUGGAACAUUCACAGCUGGAUUUAUUGCUAGCAGGCACUGACAGUGCUAUACUAAUGAUAGAGGGUUACUGCAGUUUUCUUCCGGAAGAGAAGUUGCUUGAAGCAGUAGAAGUGGGACAGGAGGCUGUACGGGCUAUCUGCAAUGAGGUGAAAGCAUUGGUUAAGAAGUGUGGAAAGCCAAAAAUGCUUGAUGCAAUCAAACUACCCCCAUUUGAGCUAUAUCAAUUCGUCGAAGAAAUUGCGGGUGAUGAAUUGGUCAAAGCCCUUCAAAUUAAGAAGAAAAUGCCAAGAAGAAAGGCUCUAUCAUCUCUGGAAGAUAACGUUUUGACUAUACUUACGGAGGAGGGUUAUGUGAAAAAGGACGAAACUAUUGUAGUUCCCGAGCCGGUUCCUGGUGUGUUUGAGGAUGAAGACGAGGACGAAGAAGUAGUUGUGGAUGGGGAAGUUGAUGAAGGGGAUGUUCACAUUAAACCAGCAUCAAGAAGACCUGCUCCUUUGCUAUUCUCUGAGGUUGAUGUGAAGUUGGUGUUCAAGGAAGUAACAUCCAAAUACCUGAGGAAACGUAUAGUGGAGGGAGGAAAAAGAAGUGAUGGUAGAACUCCAGAUGAAAUACGUUUAAUAAAUUCACAAUGUGGAUUGCUUCCUAGAGCACAUGGGAGUGCUCUCUUUACACGGGGAGAAACUCAGGCAUUAGCGGUGGUUACACUUGGUGAUAAACAAAUGGCACAAAGAAUAGACAAUCUUGUGGAUCUGGACGAUGUGAAGAGAUUUUAUCUUCAGUACUGCUUUCCACCAUCAUGUGUUGGAGAAGCUGGAAGAAUGGGUGCACCAAGCAGAAGAGAAGUAGGUCAUGGCAUGCUUGCAGAGAGAGCCCUUGAACCUAUAUUGCCUUCUGAAGAUUCAUUUCCUUACACUGUACGUGUUGAGAGUACCAUAACUGAGAGCAAUGGUUCAUCAAGUAUGGCAUCUGUUUGUGGAGGAUGCUUAGCAUUACAGGAUGCAGGGGUUCCAGUAAAAGGCUCUAUUGCUGGUAUAGCAAUGGGUAUGGUCUUAGACACAAAGGAAUUUGGAGGUGAUGGUACCCCCCUCAUCCUUUCAGACAUAACAGGAUCGGAAGAUGCCUCUGGAGAUAUGGAUUUCAAGGUUGCUGGAAAUGAGCAUGGUGUGACCGCAUUUCAGAUGGAUAUAAAGGUAGGAGGAAUUACUUUACCAAUUAUGAAACAAGCUCUCUUACAAGCAAAGGAUGGGAGAAAAAAGAUUCUUGCUGAGAUGUCCAAAUGCUCGCCUCCUCCUUCAAAAAAGCUUUCUGAAUAUGCCCCACUUAUUCAUGUCAUGAAGGUCAAAGCAGCAAAAGUUAAUCUUAUUAUUGGUUCUGGUGGGAAGAAGGUGAAGAGUAUAAUUGAAGAAACUGGUGUCGAAACUAUUGACACACAAGAUAAUGGAAUUGUAAAAAUAACAGCAAGAGACCAGGCAAGCCUAGAGAAGGCAAUAACUAUUAUUAGUAGUUUGACGAUGGUCCCAGCUGUUGGGGAGAUUUAUAGAAACUGUGAGAUCAAAUCCAUAGCUCCUUACGGAGCCUUUGUUGAGAUAGCACCAGGCAGAGAGGGACUUUGCCAUAUUAGCGAGUUGAGUUCAGAUUGGCUGGCAAAGGCAGAGGAUGCAUUUAAAGUGGGAGACUAUAUUGAUGUCAAACUCAUCGAGGUCAAUGAAAAAGGACAACUUCGUCUAAGCAGGAAGGCAUUACUUCCUGAUCCAGAUCCAGAGAAAUCUGAUAAACAUAGUACAAGCAGCUCUAACAAGGAUGGUUCCAUGUCACCAAUAACCCCUGAUAAAGUUAAAUUGAAGAAAGCAUCAAGUACUGGCAGUUUAGCAGAUGCAAAAACUGAACAUCCCAAGGAAAAGGGUGCUUAUGUAAGGGCUGUAAGCCCAACUAAAAGCAGUGAUGUGAAAAAGUCAAGUGCUCUCUCUAAGGAUAGACCUCUUACUAAGAAAGGCAAGAUAGAGGAUAGUGAUAGCGGAGCAGUUGUAGACAUUGCUAGCAAAAGUGGGAACCCAGUUAUCAAUGGCGAGAGUAAAGUUGGCUAGCAAAUCCACACUUUACUGAAUUCAGAUCUAAUGAUGAGCGGUCAGAAAGUGGUUGUUGAUCACUUGAUACUUCAUGAUGAAAUGGGACAAGGCUAUUAUUUAUGGGACUGGUGUCAGGGGUACUACUGAUUAUACUUAACCGAUAAAUCAAACAUCCUAACAUGAGAUAUCACUUUUGUGCUGAACUCUGUUUAUGGCUAGAAGCUCAACAUCGUAGUGAUAUGUUGGUCCAUACCAUUGCUGCCCACACCUUGGUGAAAUUCCACUUUUGAGUUGCACCCUAUAUGUAUAUGUGUUUUAGAACUCCUUGACAGGAAAAGAGGCUGAGGCUCGUUUGGUGGACUAUACUGAGUUUUGUUUACAUAGUUUCUCAUGUUUCAGUCACCUGGAGCUGGUGGAAAUUCCCCAAACCUGUAUUUGUGCUGGUAGCAUUUGUAACAUUAUUUCAGUUAAUUGUUCUUUUUUGCUGUAAAGUUGCAGCAGUACAGGAUUUUGGUUAUUUAGAGUUGGGUUCUGUGGAGACUCAAACUUUUUGGAGACUGAAGACCACUUUUAUUAUCAGAGGAUUAAAACUCCAUCUUACUGA